AUGGAAACGUCCGCGGUGUCGAAACACCAUGAAGCCGUGCAGAAAAAUUCCACGGAGAUUGUCGAUCGGGUUUCGGUGAACAGCUGCCCACCGAGCAAUUUUCCGGACAAGUUUCAAGACUUUUUCGCUGCACUGAACGAGGACACGGACGAUCUACCAAGCAUGCUCGAGGAUAAGUUGAUACCCAGACAGCAGGACAAUCCGAGCGCCGACCCGAAGGGCAGACGAUGGAACAAAAGGGCCUUCCAGAGGCGGAGCAGCGAGGUCGAAGUCCAUCUGCACCGCACAUCCUUAAUGGGAUCCCAAGGUCACGCGGCCGUUGACGGACCGAAAUCCCCGACCCCGUCCAGACGACGUAGUUCCAGCAUAGCGGUGGCCAGGCCAACGCCGGAUUUGCACAGGAAAAUAGUGGGACCUUUUUUACGUCAAAGUAUCACACAGUUUCUGCAAGCAGAGGCUGGCCCAUGGGGUCACUUGUCGCCCUCGCCAAGGAGUCCCACAAGGACCCCAGCGAUCAGUCCUGGGGCAGUGUCCUCCUCGUCACAUUUAAGUCCAGGGGCCAGUCCAGGUGGACCGAGUCCAACCAGCCCGGCUGGACCAGCCGGUUCAACGUCUGGAUCACGUGGCCCAGGACCGAGGCAAUAUCGUGGCAGGACCAGCAGCAUGCCGGCGGUUCCACGGCACAGGCCGAUGCUCGCUGAAACGAAACGCGGUGGCGGCGCCGGUGGGGCUGAAGAGGGUGAGACCGAGGAUGGCGUGGAAUACUACAAGCUGAGGUCGUUUUCUAUUACGGCGAAUGGGGUCUACAACCUGGGCGACUCGUUGAAGACCCGUCGUAGUCGAAGCAUCAACAGUGUCACAUCUUCCGGGACCAGCUGCAGCAGCACCAGGGAGGCCAGAUUGCUGAGCCUGGCGUCGCAGCUCUCCGGCAUGGAGGCCGAGGAGGACACGAGCAACGAACGAGUGGCCACUUACAAAGUCGGCAUGCUGGGCGCGUCGGGGGUCGGGAAGACCGCCCUCACCGCGCAGUUCACCACCAGCGAUUACAUUUGCGCUUACGACACGUCCCUCGACGAGGAGUACGGGCAAAAGAACGUUUCCGUGAUGCUCGACGGCCAAGAAACUGAAUUGGAGAUCAUUGAUCAUCCCGCUGCGGAGAUGUCAGUGGAGACAUUCUGCUCGACAUACAAUCCGGACGUUUACGUGGUCGUUUACUCGGUGGUGGACCGGCUGAGCAUGAAGGUGGCCGAAGAGACGCUGUUGUAUUUGUGGAAGAGCGAUUACAUGGCCAGCCACGGUGUGAUCCUCGUCGGGAACAAGGUCGACCUCGAGCGGAAACGGGAGGUCUCGUCGGUCGCUGGCCGACGUUUGGCGAACAAUUGCGGCUGCAAAUUCAUCGAAACUUCCUCGGGACUGGCACACCACGUGGACGAGCUGUUGGUCGGUAUUUUGGCGCAGAUCCAAUUGAAUCCGCAACGGGACCGGGACCAAGCGACCAGACGACGUAGGAGCAAGCACCGCAGAAGGAUCUUGAAGCACCUGCUGGGAUUCAAGAGGAAAACGAAGAGCUGCGAGAACCUCUUUAUUCUUUAACGUUCCCGGCGAAACCUCUAAAGGGAAAGGUCCAUUAUUACUGUUGCACACAGAGCGACGGAUUUUUGUUUAAUAAUUCUUUCACUUUAAACAGCUCUUAUUAGCCGAAAUAGAUUCAAAGAUAUAUAUAUUCAACACACUUUUACCAAUGAGGUUGAAAGAUUGUAUUUCAAGGCA